AUGGAGCAGCUCCGGCAGGUCGGCGAGGCCGUCGGCGGCGUUAACGCCCUCAUGGUCUUCCACGACGACCUCCGCAUCAACCCACGCCAAUGCGCCCUCCUCGCCCACGCCUGCUCCCUCGCCUUCCACGCCGUCGCCGGCGAGGUGAGCGCCCGCCUCCGCUUCGAGGACCGCCUCACCAAAUGGAAGGCCCUCGACGACCCCAUCCGCGAGCUCCACCGCGCCGUCCGCGACGGCGAGGCCUACAUCCGCCAAUGCCUCGAGCCGCGUGACUGGUGGACGCGCGCCGCGGCGGCCACGCACGCCACCGACUGCGUCGAGCACCUCCUCCACAACCUCCUCUGGUGCGUCGCCGUCGUCAUGGAGGCCGUCGAGGCCGUCGGCGAGGUCACCGGCUCUGACCCCGACGAGGUCGCCCGGAGGCGGCUGGCGCUGGCGAAAGACUACGACAAGGACCUUCUUGAUCCCAAGCUUUUCCGGCAGAGGCUCGGCAAGACGUACCUGGCCACGCGGGAGCUCGCCGCCAGGAUGGACAUGGCAUGGAAGGAGGACAGGUGGCUGCUAUCCCAGCUUCUUGACGAGAGGAAGGGCCCGACGUCGCCGGAGCCAUUGACGCGCCAGGAGCACCGGCUCGCCGACCUCCUCGCCGCGCCGCGCGGGAAGCUGCACCCGGCGUCCGUGCUUCUCAGCGACUUCCACAUGCGGAGGCGCCUGGGUGGAAAUCUCAAGGAGGUGCAGUGGAUGGGGGAGUCGUUCGCCGUGAAGCAUCUCGUCGGGGUCGACGCCGACGCGGCGGCCGCCGAGGUCGCGCUGCUCGCGGCGGUGUCGCACCCGAACGUGGCGCACUGCCGCUACUGCUUCCACGACGAGGAGAAGAGGGAGCUGUUCGUCGUCAUGGACCAGCUCAUGAGCAAGGACCUCGGCUGCUACGUCAAGGAGGUGACCUCCGCCAAGCGCCGGGUGCCUUUCCCGCUCGUCGUCGUCGUCGACACCAUGCUGCAGAUCGCGCGCGGCAUGGAGCAGCUGCACUCCAACAACAUAUACCACGGCAACCUCAACCCGUCCAACGUGCUCGUCAAGCCGCGCCAUGGCGACGCCUACCUGCAGGUCAAGGUCGCCGGCUUCGGCCACGGCCACGGCCAGUCCGCCGUGUCCAACUCCGGCACGAAGGCGCCGGCCAAUGCAAAUGCCAACCCCUGCAUCUGGUACGCGCCGGAGGCGCUGGGGAACGAGCCGACGGCGAGGUGCACCGAGAAGGCCGACGUGUACAGCUUCGGGAUGAUCUGCUUCGAGCUUCUCACCGGCAAGAUCCCGUUCGAGGACAACCACCUGCAGGGGGACAACAUGAGCAAGAACAUCCGCGCAGGCGAGCGGCCGCUCUUCCCGUUCCAGUCGCCGAAAUACCUGACCGGCCUCACCAAGCGGUGCUGGCACGGCGAGCCGGCGCAGCGCCCGGCGUUCCACUCCAUCUGCCGCGUGCUCCGCUACGUGAAGCGCUUCUUGGUGAUGAACCCGGAGCAGGGCCAGCCGGACGCGCCCGGGCCGCCAGUGGACUACCUCGACAUCGAGGCGCAGCUGCUGAGGAGGUUCCCGGAGUGGCAGGGCAACACGGCGGCGCGCGUCGCCGACGUGCCGUUCCAGAUGUACGCGUACAGGGUGAUGGAGAAGGAGAAGACCAACGCGUGCAGGGACAAGAGCCCCGACUCCAGCAGCGACGGCAACUCGCUGUGCGGCGACGACAGCGUGUCAGGCACGACGACGGCGACGGACGGCGACGCGCAGCCGGCGUCGAUCCGGUGGCUGCCUGAGCGGAGCGGCAGCUACAGUUCGUCGCCGCGCAAGGUGGCCGGCAAGGCCGUCGCCAUCGCCAUCGCCGGCACCAAGGCAGGCAAGUGUCAGUCGCAGCAGCAGCAUUGCGCAUCACCUAGAGCCUCCAAGAUUACUGCAGCUAGCUCCAUGUCCAUGACGCGUGCAGGGCCGCCGCAGAAGUCGAGGUCGAUGGGCGUGGUGAGGCCGCCGCCGCAGAUCGUCCCACGGCGAACGCCGAGGAUAAAGUCCGACGGGCACCUGAAUAAAGCGGCGAUUCCACCUUCCCGACGGCGUAAGUCCGGCGGUCACGGUUCAGACUCCGAAUUAGCCUAGGAAUGUCGCAGACUUGCAGUGCAGAUAAAAGGUUUCAACUUGUUUCAGAAAUAUAUAGUAUCUAAUGGAUGUAAAAUAAGCAAACGAAUGGAUG